AUGGCAGUAACUCGAGAGAAAGAAAAUUGUACAAGAAAAAUUAAUGGAAAUAUACCUGCAUUAUCUCUUAACAGCGAUAAUAUGUCGACAUCGACCGACAGUGACGACGCAGCGGAUCCAACAUAUGAAAUUAGGAACAUUCAGAGUAUUAUAAAUGUGACCCGUGAAAACAUUGACGCUUUAAAUGCAAGGUUUGCUGGUUUGCAGCACCCACCUUCCCUGUAUCUUUCGGAAUAUCAGGAGUUAACAGUAAAGUUGCAUAAUUUAGAACUUAGAGAACAGACACUUAGGGAAUUGUUACAGUGCGAUUCGCCGGAUAGGAGCGAAGAAUAUUCAUGGCAAGAUGAUUCUAAGAAGUAUGAUACUCUUACUCGGCAACCUAAAGUUUUCCUCAGAGCUUACUUGCCGAAUCAACAGCGGACGAGUGUGCAGGUGAAGGAGGGAGUUUCGCUCCGUGAAGCUCUCAUGAAGGCUCUCAAGCUUCGUAACUUAACUUGUGAAAUGUGCGAAGUGGUUCGGACAGGAAAUAAUGCUGUGAUACCGUGGGAUAUCGAUAUUACUAUGAUUGACGCUGAGGAGGUGACGGUGCGUAUUUUGGACAAGCUUCCCAUAAUGUCUCACAUGUCGCACCAGUUCACAAGGAAGACGUUCUUCACGCUCGCGUUCUGUGAGUGCUGUCGACGGCUGCUCUUCAACGGCUUCUACUGCUCGCAGUGCAACUUUAAGUUCCAUCAGCGAUGCGCUGAUAAAGUUCCGAGUAUUUGUCAUCAGGUCCGAAUGACAGACACAUACUACGCGGCUCUCCUGGCCAAGAACCCGGAGACUCAGGCAGGGAUCCUGCAUGUGCCCGCUCACUACAGCUACCAUCAGAACAAACAGGCUCACCCUCGCUCGUUGAAUCAACAGGAUCGCUCCAAUUCGGCGCCAAACGUGUGUGUCAACAUGGUCAGACAUCUGACUGAUCACGGGCGGAAGAAUAACCAGAGCAGCUCACCACAAUCAUCAAAUUAUCUAUCAUCAGGGAGACACGGCAAAGACGACCGGGAGAAGGGAGAACAGCAGAGUCAAAGCACCCAGGCCUCCCCAACGGGUACACUUCGACCUCGAAGGGCGCGCGCUCGCUCCGCGGACGAAUCAUGGAAACAUGCGCUGUCUCCUCGGGAAAGCUAUGACGACUGGGUCAUACACGCAGAUGAAAUACUGAUAGGGGCCAGGAUAGGUUCCGGUAGUUUUGGGACAGUGUAUAAGGCGCAUUGGCACGGACCGGUCGCUGUGAAGACUCUGAACGUGAAGACGCCCACACCAGCUCAGCUACAGGCUUUCAAGAACGAGGUGGCCGUGCUCCGUAAGACGCGGCACUGCAACAUCCUCCUGUUCAUGGGGUGCGUGUCGAAGCCCUCCCUGGCGAUAGUGACCCAGUGGUGUGAGGGCUCCUCGCUGUACCAGCACCUGCACGUGUUGGAGACGCCGCUGCCCAUGUUGUACCUCAUAGACGUGGCGCGACAGACGGCGCAGGGCAUGGACUACCUGCACGCCAAGAACAUUAUACACAGGGAUCUGAAAUCUAAUAACAUAUUCUUAAGAGACGACUGGUCGGUUAAGAUUGGAGACUUCGGACUGGCGACGGCCAAAGUGCGGUGGUCAGAUUCCUCGACGCUGGGAGGCGUGCAGUGGCAGCAGCCGACUGGAUCUAUACUGUGGAUGGCGCCGGAAGUUAUCCGUAUGGAGGAACCCGCGCCGUACACCUUCCGGUCGGACGUGUACGCGUACGGCAUAGUACUGUUCGAGCUGACGGCCGGCGAGCUGCCAUACGCGCACCUCAACAAUAAAGACCAGAUACUAUGGUCGGUGGGGCGUGGCCUGCUGCGACCGGAUGUCCGUCGCCUUCGCCAAGACGCGCCUCAAGCCCUUCGCCGUCUAUUCGAGGACUGCAUCCAGUUCGACCGAGAGCGCCGGCCGUUAUUCCGUCAGAUCCUCGCGUCCUUAGAGGCCAUGCUGCGAGCCAUGCCGAAAAUCACUCGCAGCGCGUCCGAGCCUUGCCUGCAGCGUGCGCUCCACGCCUCCGAUGACUGUCUGGGGUACGCCUGCGCGGAACCUAAGACGCCCGUCAACUUCCAGUUCGACGCUCAUACUAGCUUCCCGGCCUUCUACAGGUACUUAAUUUUUUACCAAAUUUCCGUAUAA